UUUCUGAUAUUUUUAUAUAUAAGAAGAAAUUACAGUAUUAUUUUAAUAUAAUAUAAGCAAAAGAAGGGAAAAUCAGUUGAGAAUGUUGCUUAGGAAACUUUAUUGUCAUAUUUUCAUUAUGAAAAAGAGAAAAAACAUUUCUCUUUAUAUCAAAAUUCAAAAGUUCCAUCCACAAUUAGAGUUACAUUACUUUUCAAUUCAUUUUAUUUCCUCAUGGUUAAGGAUAAUUGAUGAAGAGUAACAAUGAUAACAUAUAUAUGCCACGUGUCCUCUUAAGAUCCAUUCAUCCAAAAUCUUGUCUAAAUUCUUAAUUGGUUGUCUAAAUACCAAUUGGCAAUACCAAACACCACAUAUAUCAUUUUUAAAAUACCAAACUACUAUCCAUAUGUACUCCUCCUAAGUUAGUUCCAUAGCAUAACUUAGAAAAAACUUCAAAAAAAAAAAAAAACAUAUUUCAUUGAAAUUCAAAGUAAAUUUUUUCAAGUAUGGGUUGUGCCUCAUCAAAGAGAAUAAAGGUUGCCAUCGACGUCUACCGUCCUCCGCCGACGAGCUUCGCCGUCUUCGAUAUCAACUCCAUUGAAGAACCAUGGCUCAAAAGUGCAAACAACAACAACAAGGUAGAAGAAAAUGAGUUGGAUCAGGACGAGCUAGACGAAGAUGAGAAGCCAAUAAAAGUAGCACAACCAAUUCUAGAAAAACUCAACACUUCUAUUGAUGAUUCUCCAAAAUCAUGGGAUGAAGUUAGCAAAGCUUUAGAAGAUUUAAAACCCACUCUACAAAACCCACCACCACAAAAAUCACCUAAAAAACCCCUCCUUGCCCUACCGGCGCCGCCUCCGCCGCCAUCAGAGGCGGCGGAAGACGGCGACGGUUCACCAAAAAGAAAAAUUCCAAGAAAGAGUUUUUCCUUUCAUACCCUUGAAGAACUUGAAUCCAAAUUAUCAUCAAAAGAUGCCAAAAAGAACAAUGAAGUGAUCAAGAAAAAUGAGGAAAAUAAAAAAUUCCAACGAUUCAAUAAAAAAAAUGAUACACAAAUUGCUGUUCAUAAUGGGGAAGUAGAACAUCAAAGGACUCACUCAGAUGAAGGGUACAAGCCAGUAAAAGAGAAUAUAUUUUUGUUGAGGGACAAAAUGGAAAGGGAAAAAGAAGGGAAAGUUCCAAAUUUUAUAAAGUUUAACCCUUUAAGUGACUACCCCGAAAAGUGCCCGCCACGUGGCGAUGACUCAUUGGUCAUCUACACGACGUCGCUAGGUGGCGUGCGUCGUACGUUUGAGGAUUGUAAUAAGUUGAGGUUAAUUUUGGAAUCCCAUAGGGUGGUUUUCGACGAGCGUGACGUGGCAUUGCAUGGCGAGUUUCGUCAGGAGCUGAAGGAGUUGCUUGGAGAUGGGGAGGACGCGGGAGUACCGCGGUUGUUUGUGAAGGGGAGGUACAUUGGUGGAGUGGAGGAAGUGGUGCACCUGAACGAGACGAAGAAACUCGGGAGGAUAUUGAAUUGGGCUAGGGUGGAGAGGGGUCUGGGGAGGUUAGGAUGUGAAGGGUGCGGAGGUGCUAGGUUUGUGCCAUGUUUUGAUUGUGGAGGGAGUUGCAAAGUUGUGAAUGGGGAUGUUAAGGAGAGAUGUCCUAAGUGUAAUGAGAAUGGUUUGAUUCAUUGCCCUAUUUGCAAUUGAAUAAUUGUUAUGUAUUAUUGUACGCAUACAUUAAAUCAAUGAAUACAUAGUGAUGUUGUUACUUUGUGAA